CGGCGGGAGGAUGCCGCGCGAAUGGACACCCGCUCCUCCCCGCGGAUGGAGCACGUCCCAGUUGACUUACGAGAGAAAAAAAAAAAAAAAAAAAUCGCUGCACUACGCAACAUGCUAUUGGUCACCUUAACUGUACCGCGCCGCAUGUUGGAGGACUUCCUUUUUUUUUUUUUGCAUUUUUAGCAAGUGUGAUAUAUGUGCCUACUCGUUCGUCACCAUUUUGGGACUCCUUCUCUUCCGCACGGAGGAUGACAUUCUUCGGUCAGUUGGGGGAGUUGCCCACAUGAGCGCGCUGAAGCAGUCCCACACGUAUACGCACACGUACACUUAGGCACAUUGCGAGGCACACCCCCGCAUGCCCCUUUUGCUACGCAGCCACCCCUGCUGAAGGCGACCCACAUGCGAGGAAGGCAAAAUGCAAAGCAGCAUAUCUCAGGAAAAACUCCAAUUGAUGCAAAAAAACUUUAACCUUGUGGAUUUGAACAAAGAUGGGAAAAUCGCCGCAGAAGAAUUUAAGACGCUCUUGCGAUUGCUCGGGCAGACCAAAACGGAGAAAGAGAUGGACGAGAUGGUAGACAAGCAUUUUGAAGACGCACCAAUAGGGGAGGAGCAGCAGCAGGAUGCUGCCGAGGCCGCCGAUAAGGGAGGAGCAAACGAAGGGACACCAAGUACAGCGAAACAAUUGGGCGGCCAGAAAAAUACAGCCAAAACUGCCCCAAACCACGAUCGAAUAAAAAACCUAAUCGCUAAGCUGAACAAUUCUAAAGAUGAAGACAAAAAAAAAAAUAGCCCAAAUGGCCAAAUUAAUAGGACAGGUGAUGUAUAUGCAAAAAACGAAUUGAUUAAUAAAAAAAAAAAACACAUAAAUUUUGAAACGUUCUUGAGGAUAUUUCUGGAGACUUAUGAGGAACCCUUAUCGGUAGACGAGCUAAUCACCUCGUUUGAAUUUUUUGAUAAAGAAAAAAGUGGCUAUCUUGAUGAGGAGAAGGUGAGAUUUAUUUUGAAGAACAGCGAGGAGAGGUUGGCGGAUGAGGACAUGAAGUUAUUUUUGAAUUCGCUAAACUUGAGGGAUAAGGACAAAAUUGAUUAUGUCAUGCUGGCCAAGCGCCUCAAGAAUGUGGCCUAA